GGAAAAAUCUCCCUUUUCCCCUUCUUUCCGCCCCGUCUCCCUCCAAUUGCCUCUCUACUGCUCAUCAUCAUCAGCAUCAUCUGCUGCUUCUGCUUCUGCUGCCUCUUCUGCUUCUGCUUCUUCUUCUUUUUCUUCUUCUUCUUCUACUCUCCAUCCCAAUUGAUUUCCGUUGGUUCCCAUCCAUCGAGCGUAUAAACUCUCCCGCUUACCGGCAAUUAGAGAUUCCUCCAACCGCCGGCCCUCAUAUAUCACGUUACCUCAUACUCCUCCCCCCUUCCUCUCUCUACUACAUUCAUAAGCCAGCGACCACGAGACCUUUCUCUCUGCACAUAUACACACCAUCAUUCGAUCCCUUCUCCUCUCCUCAACUAGAAACUGGAGCUCAAUUGAUGUCUAAAGAAUUCCCAGAAGCCCUCUGAGGAGCUCUACACCGAUUUCAAGCAGUCCUUCCCCCAGAUCUGCUCCAGCAUCACCACCACGCUGGACGCCGCUCACGAGAACAACGGUGUCCUCGUCGACCCCGUAAUUGGCCAGACUCUUACCCAGAGGCCGAUGAUGGACGUAAAGGACAAGAAGGAUACCGAUGGCAUCUCCAAAGUUCCCCCGGAACAGUGGAAUUUCACCCCAUCCCUGAUGGACCCCAACUCCUUCGCCUUCUCUUCCUUCGCCAACCAGCCGCCUGCAUACUACGCUGCGAGCCCGACCGCCGGUGCUCUGGCCAACCCAGCUCACUCGGGAGAUAUGCCCACCCCGAACAUGGCUCUCAGCCUCCUCACACCGCUCCCGAUACCUCAGUCCAGUUCUGCUGACCCCUCGAUGCCUCACUCAGCCAUCGACCUUGGCUCGUUCCAUCAACCUUUUAUCCCCCAUCAAGGACACGGCGUGGACCCGUUUGGACAAACUCAUGGUUUUGCACCGAGUACUUUCCUUCGUCGUGACCCAGACUUGUCUGCGUUGGGCCGCUCACUGGAAGAUCCCACUUUCAGUAACAGCUUGGGCUUGAACAACCCAUCUCUGGGACUGGUCCCGGGACGUCUCUCAGAAUCUGCUGAUGGGUUACAAGGCCAUAACAAUGAAAACUUCCGAUUCCAUGCCACGCUCCGCGCAUCGACCGCCAUGGUGAAGGAUCCUGAUGAAAUCCCGGUAACAUACCUAAAUAAGGGCCAGGCGUACACGAUAAACAUCAUAGAUACUGCUCCCAUGGCCUCGGCCUCUCAGCAACUUCGGUAUCGCACCUAUAUCCGUGUUUCAUUUGAAGAGGAGGAACAACGUUCCAAACCAGCGAGCUGUUGGCAGCUAUGGAAGGAAGGUCGCGGGACAAAUGAAGCCCACCAACGUGACGGCAAACUUCUAGCUGUUGAACAUGUUGAUCCUAACCAAGGCGGAGCUGGAGACGGCCGGCACCCCCGUGUACAGUUGGAAAAGGCAAACUUUGAUGGGUUUUCUGUCCUUUGGGUACCCAGCAGAACCACGGGAAAUCCGGAAUGCGCUAUAUCUGUUCGAUUCAACUUUUUGUCAACUGAUUUUAGCCAUUCUAAGGGCGUGAAGGGCAUUCCGGUCAGGCUAUGCGCGAAGACGGAGGUCAUAGCCACGAGUAGCUCAGAGCCUCCGCUUGGUGACUCUCCUGAAGUCUGCUACUGCAAAGUGAAACUGUUUAGAGAUCACGGAGCGGAAAGGAAGCUGUCCAAUGAUGUUGCGCACAUCAAGAAGCUGAUGGAAAAGAUCAAACAGCAGAUCACCCAGGCCGAAAUUGGGUCUGCGAAUUUUGAUAAGCGGAAGAGAAGCUGCUCUAUCAGCUCCAAAGGGAUGGUCAAGUCAGCGAAACUCGGAAAGAGUAAACGGCCGUGGUCGAUCGGGUCGCAAGACGGAGUCAAGUCGACUCUGGAGGAGGAUUUGCAAAUCAAGCUGUCAAACUUGAACGACAUGUUUUCGUCCACACAACCCGUCAGCGUUCUCAACCUGAAAGGUGACCCUCAAGACGACCCCGACCUGUUUCCCGUUCAACUGGACACGACGCUUGAUGAGAAUUUUGUACAACGCAUGAGCUUCGACUCCGCGCAGUCCAACGAUGGUGCGUCGGCAACUAAUGCCUUCUCUCCUUCUCCUGGCAACCACUCACCCAGUUCCUCUCACCAUUCUUUCGAAGCAAAGGGCGCAAAUUUCAUGAACGAGUCGUAUUCGACUUCGAGACAUGGGUCGUUGGAUUGGUCAAGUGCUUCGCAGCGCGGUGGCGACAAUAUGAAGCAUGGACAAUUUAUAAACCAACCGAUCAAAGUCCAGCGCAUCUCCGCUGAUGACUCCAAUCCCGGAUCUGAUACCUGGAUUGAAGCUAUGGGCGUGGACAGUAAUUAUGAACCUCCUAAUGACACUCCAAAGAAGCCAAAAUGUUGCUUCUACGUCCGCGCCCGGCAAAGCAUGGGACAGAAGGGCGAAGAUUAUUAUCAUGCGAUCUACCUAGCGGAACGCACUGCGAAAGGAUUAAUGGAAACAGUUGCCAAGAAGUGUCGAUUCGAUCCGGCACGAAUUGUGCGGGCUCUAGUUAUUCGCGGCAAUGGCUUUAAUGUCGUUUUAGAUGAUGAUGUUGUCCGCGAGAUGGCGGAAGGCCAAGACAUGACUGUUGAAUUCUCCGAGCUGGAAGACUCGGGCCAAUCGGGCAUGGACCUCGACGAUCCGAAGUCGCCGGUUACAGUGUCUGAUAUUGAAAUGCGAUUCUUUUUGUGAAUUGCAAUUUGAGAAAUGCAGAUACCUGUUGUAUUCCAUGCAUGAGCGGUCUUUUGUUUUUUCUUUUUUGUACAAAUCAUUGACUUUCCAGGUCUCUUGUUUAUUUUAAGCUGAGCGCAUUCGGUCCUUUUUCAAAGUCUCCUGGCUGCUAAACCAUUUUGGAAAGAUGGGUACCUUCUUAUGGCUUUUGCAAAUCUUGUUGGCUCUCAUUUCUGUUCAAGCGUCGGCGAAUAUUUGUGGUGGAAAAAAAAAAGGAUCAAAAGCACUAUGGGUAAUGAAGUCUUAUCUUGGAUUUUUGCUGUUUACUGCUCUCCUCUUCUUUUACCUUUACUUCCAUUUGAUAUUAUGUGCUUUUCUUCCUACGGUGUACAUUGGUUAUUUUUCUUGAUUGAGGAAGCGCAGUUUUGUCGCAGGUCUGCAAGAUUUCUCCUCACAAACGAGGGCGAGCAAAGGAGUUGGAAAUUCAAACAUGGCAUUGCCUCUCGCUUUUUUUUCUCUCCCCCUUGAGGACCUUUUUGGCCUGGUAAUCCUCAGUCUCUUUCCAGGCAGUGUCCUAAUUUAUUUUUGUUAUGUUUUUUUGGUGGCUGAUAUAAUAACUAUGUCUUUAAUGAUACCACCUCGGUUUUCGACAUUCGGCUCUUCUAAUCUUCAUUUUUCCGUUUUUCUUUUCUUUUGCUUGCUUCUUUUAUUAGUAUUAUUAUUAUCAUCAUCUUUUGCUUGCUUUUUCCAUUUUCUGUUCUGUAUGUGGGAUGAAGUCCUGUGUGUGUA